UUAAAAUGUGCCGCUAGUGUUGUUAUAAUAAUGUUGUUCAAAUUAAAUAAACAUGUGACUUUUUGACGUUUUUGUUAUUACAAAGCUGUCAGCUGUAAGCAGAGCGCAGAAGUUGGCAUAACAGGCAGCAUCAGCUGCUAAUCGAGGCACAGAGUCAUCAUAAAUCAUUACAACACACACACACACACACACACACACACAGACAAAGAGACGCGAGAAGAAGAAAGUGAAAGCGAAGCAGCAAUAAAAGCAAAUAAACGGCAGCAACGCGCAUUAAUCAUACGCCGCGUGUGUCCACAUUAAAUAAGCUUCGCUCGUCGAUAUGUUUGGCAAAAAGCCGCAUAUACCGCCGCGCAUUUGACACGCGUUCAUUUACCGUUUAGACGCAUAAACCGUUAUAUUCUGCAUACCAACUAUUUAUUGUUUUGCUUUAUUUAGUUUUUCGUCGCCCAUUUUCUUUCUUUCGUUUCUCAAAACGUUAACUUUUGUGACAAAUCCCAAUUGUUUAAAGUGCCGCAUGUGGGUGUCCGGGAUAAAAACGUUCAGUGGCAGCUACAACUGCAACAACAACAACAACAACAACAACAAUCAGCCUCAGAGCAGCCAAAAAAUUUGUCUGCAGCGUAAUUUUGCUCAAUUAAUUUCCUUGUGGUUUUUGUUAAAUACGCUAACAUUCUUAAUGAAUGAAUUUCGGUUAAAAUCACUUUAUCGUGCCACUAAAACCAAAGCAACAACUGCAACAGCAGCAGCAGCAACAGCAACAACAGCUGGUAAUAAAUCUGCAAGCAGCAACAACAACAGCAAGAAAUCAAGCAAAUCCUUCGAUAAUAGCAACAACAACAAUCCACGUACUUAUAACAACAGCAGCAAAUCGAAUAAAGUCUUUUUACAUUAUAUACCACGUGAUCCGCGUCUAAGAAUUUUCAAUAAAACCGCCACACUGAAUAAACACUUGUGCCAACGCACUUUAAGCGAAUUCAAUAUAACUGAAGAUUUAUCUAAUUAUGGUGAAUUAAUUGGCGGCAGUGUCAGUGAUAGUAAUAAUAAUUAUCCAAACAAUAACAAUAACAAUCACAAUCAGAAUUUGUAUUGCAAUUUGAAUAACACGCUACAGUAUACAAAUACUUUAAAAAUAUAA